AAACUUGCCUCUCCACCACCACUUCCUCUACCUAUCUAAUUCCGAAUCUGGAUUUGGAUUUGGAUCUCAUUUCGAUUCAACGAUGAAGGUGGUUGAUAAGAUCAAAUCCGUGACGGAGCAAGGCCAAACAGCUUUCUCCUUCGAGUUUUUCCCACCGAAGACAGAAGAUGGCGUCGAGAAUCUCUUUGAACGAAUGGAUCGAUUGGUCUCUUAUGGACCUACCUUCUGCGAUAUCACUUGGGGUGCUGGUGGAUCCACAGCUGAUCUCACUCUCGAGAUUGCUUCUAGGAUGCAGAAUGUUAUCUGCGUCGAGACUAUGAUGCAUCUCACUUGUACCAACAUGCCGAUUGAGAAGAUUGAUCACGCGCUUGAGACGAUUAGAUCUAAUGGAAUUCAGAAUGUGCUUGCUCUUAGAGGAGAUCCUCCUCAUGGACAAGAUAAGUUUGUUCAGGUUGAAGGAGGAUUUGCUUGUGCUUUGGAUCUGGUGAAUCACAUUCGUAGCAAGUAUGGUGAUUACUUUGGAAUCACUGUUGCUGGUUAUCCUGAGGCUCAUCCGGAUGUUAUUGAAGCUGAUGGACUUGCUACUCCUGAAUCUUAUCAGAGUGAUCUUGCUUACUUGAAGAAAAAGGUUGAUGCUGGAGCAGAUUUGAUUGUGACUCAGCUUUUCUAUGAUACUGAUAUAUUCCUCAAGUUUGUGAAUGAUUGUCGGCAAAUCGGGAUUAAUUGUCCCAUUGUUCCUGGAAUUAUGCCUAUUUCCAACUACAAGGGGUUCUUGCGUAUGGCUGGUUUCUGUAAGACCAAGAUACCCGCUGAGCUCACUGCUGCCUUAGAGCCUAUUAAGGAUAAUGACGAGGCUGUUAAAGCCUAUGGAAUUCACUUUGCAACAGAAAUGUGCAAAAAGAUUUUGGCCCAUGGAAUCACUUCCCUUCAUCUCUACACAUUGAACGUGGACAAAUCAGCUAUUGGGAUAUUAAUGAACCUUGGUCUGAUUGAUGAGUCAAAAAUUUCUCGUUCUCUACCUUGGAGACGCCCUGCAAAUGUUUUCCGUACUAAGGAAGAUGUUCGCCCAAUUUUCUGGGCAAACCGUCCAAAGAGCUACAUAUCUAGAACAAAGGGCUGGAAUGACUUCCCACAUGGACGUUGGGGUGAUUCACACAGUGCAGCAUACAGUACACUUUCGGAUUAUCAGUUUGCGCGCCCAAAAGGACGUGACAAGAAGCUUCAGCAAGAAUGGGUCGUCCCACUGAAAAGCAUUGAAGAUGUUCAAGAGGUAGGCUUUACUUUACGGACACUCGUACAAAUUGUUUCGAUCUCUUUCCCUCAUACUCACUUGCACAUUUUCAUGUAAAAACUGUCACAAAUCAGAAAUUCAAAGAGCUCUGCAUUGGAAACUUAAAAAGCAGCCCAUGGUCUGAAUUAGAUGGACUCCAGCCAGAGACAAAGAUCAUAAAUGAGCAACUCGGAAAAAUCAACUCCAACGGUUUCCUGACCAUUAAUAGCCAACCAUCAGUCAAUGCAGCCAAAUCCGAUUCUCCAGCUAUUGGAUGGGGUGGUCCUGGUGGUUACGUCUACCAGAAAGCUUAUCUGGAGUUCUUCUGUUCAAAGGAUAAGUUAGACACACUUGUGGAGAAAUCCAAAGCUUUUCCUUCUAUCACCUACAUGGCCGUGAACAAAUCAGAGAAUUGGGUAUCAAACACCGGUGAGUCCGAUGUGAAUGCAGUUACUUGGGGAGUGUUCCCAGCUAAGGAGGUUAUUCAACCGACGAUCGUGGAUCCAGCCAGUUUCAAAGUCUGGAAAGACGAAGCGUUUGAGAUUUGGUCAAGAAGCUGGGCUAACUUGUACCCAGAAGAUGACCCUUCUAGAAAGUUGCUCGAGGAGGUGAAGAACAGCUACUAUUUGGUAAGCUUAGUGGACAACAAUUACAUCAAUGGUGAUAUCUUCUCUGUCUUUGCUUGAUCUCCGAGAAAACCACCGGCGAAGAGGAAACAUUCGAUUUCGAGAUUUGUUUUGUACCUUUUAAAGUUAUUUUUGAUUCGUAAUAACCUUACUUUGAUGAAUCAACAAAAACAUCAGUUUGAUUGCAAUGAAAAAAAUCGCCUUAGCGGUUUGUUCUUUC